UGACCAAUUAAAACUUGUAAAGUUCAUUUUUCUUUAUCUCUUUUAGCGGUUAUUUGUUUUGCAUUGCAAUUUGCAACACGCAUACCGAGAGGAAAAGAGAGGAGGAAGUAGAGUCAAAAUAUAAUUUUCAGCCUAGUCAUUUUUCAACGCAUUAAUUUGAAUUAAUAUAAUUUAUCAUAUAUACUGUUUAUCCUACGUGCCCUUUGCGCGGUUCGACUUUCAACUGGCUGUGACGUCUGCGAUAAUAAGCAAGCGGCCAAAUAUAAAAUAUUAUUUUGAGACAAGUGCAACAUCAGUCAAAACAAGCCAAAUGAUGAGCGAUGGACGAGCGCCAACAUGAGGUGUGCAAAAAUAAUCGCAUCAAAACAAUCGCUGCUGCAGGUGAGAACGACGUCAAUCACGAGAGCAGAGAGAACGUCGGCGACGAGAUGCAACGCUGGCCGAACAACAUUUGCCGACGCCUGUCGACAGCCUCCUUGCUGACCAACGCUCGCCUCUUGCUCGCCAGGUUUCCCGGCGGAAGGGUCGACCUGAGCCAGGACCAGCAAACGGGCAUCGCCACCGUCCGACUUGACAGACCCGACAAAAAGAACGCCAUCAGCGGUCAGAUUCUGCUGGACCUGGAGGCGGUGGCAGAUGCCCUGAGCGAGUGGUCUGGGGGCAAGGGGCUGCUGCUCCACGGCAGCGGCCACUUCUUCUGUUCUGGCGGAGACCUGGCCAUGUCCAAGGACACGUCAACCAACGAGGAAGGUCUGCUGCUCGCCCAGUUCGCGCAGCACGUGUUCACCAAGCUGAGGAGCCUGCCCCUGGUGUCUGCGGCCUUCGUGGAGGGGGCCGCUCUCGGGGGAGGGGCCGAACUGGCCACAGCCGCCUGCGACUGGCGGCUGCUCGCACCUACGGCCAAGUUAGGCUUCGUGCACGUCAGAAUGGGCUUGAGCCCCGGCUGGGGGGGCACGGCAGCCCUCUCAAGGCUCGUCGGCCCUUCGCGGGCGCUCGAGCUGAUCACCUCGGGCCGCCUGGUGGCCUGCCAGGAGGCCAUCGCCGUCGGCCUGGUCACCGACGAGGUUGACGACCUGGAAGCAGCCACCAGGUGGCUGCAGGCGCGCACCGCCGCCCCCGUGGAGGUGGUGCGCGCGUGUAAGGAGGCUGCCACAGGCGCGAGGGAUGAGGCCGAGCUGCACGCCAAGCUCUGGGCCGGUGAGGCCAAGCUGGAAGCCUUGAGGAAAAGGGUGAAGCACCUGGCGCCCAAGGCGCAGAAAGACUAGCAACUGAAUUGUGUGAUAAAAUACAGCGGACUCUUUUAUUCUCCCAGAUUUUCACAUUUUCUGUUUUUAUUCCAUAGCGGAUGAGUGUAUGUAUUCACACUUUUUUCACAUGCACACGCACUGCUAGGCAGCGCGAUUUACAAUUUUUUUCGUUUACUUUUCUUUUAAUUGUAUACGUCUCAUCGAUUCUUGCUUUCGUGUACCACGUACUGCUUCAGAGGUUACAUUAUUAUUUCAUGCAGAGUGUGAAUGCGUAUGAAUGCAGUGUCUAUGGCUGGGACUUGCUUAUUACAUUAUCAUUAUUUCAAUUCUUGUAAAAAUGGAAAAGAGCUAUUUCACAGUUUAUAGGCACACUUUUGUUCAUGCGUCUCAUCACAAAACGUGCUUUUUCACGGAUGCUUGGUUUGAAUUUUCUUCCAAAAAGUUAUUUAUAUUUAUUUUUGCAAAAUGAAGGCCAGAGAGCUGCUUCCGAGAGAUUUGGAUAUUCGCCAAAAGAGCAUUUACAUCAAAGUGAGUUGUUGACAUUUGCAUUUUGUUUACAAGUGUGAGAAUAAAAUAUAUUUAUAUAUCUCAUAUAUCUGAAUCACAAACUGAGUUCACUUUCUCUAAAGAUCUAAAAAACCGCGAAGGGUGUACAAAAUUGGGACAAGGGAUGAGAGGGCACAAGUUUGAACGCAAGGCCUUUGGGGUCUGCACUCUCUUGUUCCUUUUGUGUGUGUUGGUGUUUUUCGUUUUUGCAAAGAUAGGGUGGCGGGGAACAAAGGGGUUGGGUUUGAACAAGGAAUCUGCGAGAAUGCGACAAGAAGUUUGAUUUCGCAGCUUUGUUUGCGUCGCCCGCCGCGCUUUCGGUCGGGGGCGAGCGACGCUCGUUUGGCACUAUAUAAGUAUGUAUGUGUGUAUGAUUUACAAGAGUGUAUGUGACAUGUGGAUAUAUAAGGUAAUAGUAAUUAUAUUAUCAAUAAUCGUACUAAUGCGUAGCGUACUUAGAAUAAUAAUGAUAAGAGCAUGCACUUACAAAACUAACAUCACCAGAGUUCAUCAUCACCUGGGUUGUUUUUCGCCUCUGUGUGACCAAAGACAAGUUGCUUACUUAAUUCUUAUUGUACAUAGUGUCAAGUGUAUUAUAAAUGUUGCGUGUAUGUGUUUCAAAUGUAUGUGUAUGUGUGUGUGUGUGUGUACUUCUACUAGAAAGAAAACUUACGCAGCUAAAAACGUUCAUGCAAGAUACACCAUUUUUCCUGAAAUCCGAUUUCCGAUUCUUUUUCGCUUCAGUGAGUUUUCAAAUAUGGAGUGAGUGUGAGACAGAACUAAUUAUAAAAUUUCGUCCAGGAAGAGUUCUUUCGGAUCUCGAAAGUAAAAGUGAGGAGAGAAAUAUAUAUGGAAAAACCGUGAUGCAGUGUAAUACGCGCGCUGACUAGUUUGAAGCCUUGUACAUACAAAUAAAUUUCUUCUGCACAGCUCA